AUUGUCUAUACAUAUCCUCCAAAGCUCUCUUCUUCACAUCACCCAAAUCUCUCCAUUUCAUAUCUUUCAAAAGACAUGGCAAAACUUGAACUGCACUUCCUCCUACUAGUAGUACUAGUUUUGAUCUCUGUCCAUUACAAGCCUGUCAUGGCAGAUUCUAUUGCUGGCACAAGCUUCAUCAAAUCCUCCUGCAGAGCCACCAGCUAUCCUGCGCUCUGCGUGCACAGCCUCUCAUCUUACGCCACUAAAAUCCAACAAAGUGACAAACAACUAGCUCAAGCCGCCUUAUCCGUGAGCUUAGCCAGGGCUCGAUCCACAUCCGUGUUCGUGUCGAAAAUGACUAAAGUUUCAGGCAUGAAGCCAAGAGAGCGCCAAGCCGUGAAAGACUGCGUCGAGAACAUGGGCGAUACGGUGGACCAGCUGGGCAAGUCGAUUCAAGAGCUGGGCCGAGUGAGCCGCCGAGCUAAGAAGAGCCAUGACUUCAUGUGGCACAUGAGCAAUGUGCAGACAUGGGUCAGCGCGGCGUUGACCGAUGAGAGCACGUGCGUUGAUGGUUUUGGAGAGCAUGCUAUGGAUGGGGAUGUGAAGGGUGCUAUUAAGAGCAGGGUGGUUAGUGUUUCGAAAGUCACUAGUAAUGCUCUGGCUUUGGUUAACCGAUUUGCGGCUCGACACCGCGCUGCUACUGCAACCACUAGUAUGCCUUAAGUUUGGAUUUCAGUUCUUCUACGUGCACAGAAUCUGAUUACAGAACUUGUGUUCGGUUCUGUAAUCCACUAGUCGAGUUAUAAUAUGCUGGUUGUGUGUGUAAAUGACAAUGAAUUUUAACUUAUGUAAUACUUUCUCAGUUCUUGUUGGGCUAGUAAUUAUGUGUGUGGAUUGAUUUUGUUAGCUGCUGAAACCACUAGUUGCUUACAUAAUCUUGAAUCUGCGCUAGCUGGUUUUGGAGUAUAUGUUACUUUUCUCCCCCUAUGUACCAAGUUUUUAAAACAAUACCACGGUCAUGUUUAUUUGGCGAUUUAA